AGGGUUUUGCCAGCCCAUCUAGAAACCCAGUGAGAAAAUUCAAGCUCUCCAAGCUUAGGAUAGGAAAGCACAAUCUUCCCUGGAUGUCUAAGUACAGGGAAUGAGUCACAAAGUUGACUUUCCCUGCCUGGGAAGCGCAGGAAAUGGAACCAAGGGAAAUGACUUUUCCUCCCCGGAUCUCCACGCAGGGGAGACACAUCACCAGCUUGCCUAACCCCGAUCUCUAAGCGCAGGCUGGGAAGGUCAAGGAGCAGGCUUCCUCGGCUAAGAAUCUCUAACCUCAGGCUGGGGGGAAAGGGGGAAAAGUUAAGGAACCGGCUUCCCCAGGUUAGGAUCCGCAGCCUGGGAGAUGUCAAGGAGCCGGCUUCCCCAGCUAAGCAUGUCUAAGCGCAGGCUGGUGGAAGAAGGAGCCGCUUCUCCAGCUUCUGAAGCAUAGGGGAGCUUCUAGCGUGUAACACCAGAGACUUGGACGCUUUCGUUCCAAGGACCACCCCGAGCAUGGCGUUCCCAGAGCCGAGGCCCACGAAGCCGGAGCUGCCUCGGAAGUCAGUGCGCAGCCUACCGUGCCGCCAGGGAGCCGUGCGGGCUGUGCGCUUCAACGUCGAUGGUCGCUACUGCCUGACCUGUGGCAGUGACAAGUCACUGUGCCUGUGGAGCCCACUGCGGGGGACGUUGCUUCGGACCUACAGUGGCCACGGGGCCGAGGUGCUGGAUGCUGCGGGCUCCUUUGACAACAGCCGCCUGUGCUCUGGGGGAAGUGACCGAGCUGUUCUGUUUUGGGACGUGGCAUCAGGCCAGAUUCUCCGAAAAUUCCGGGGCCACGCGGGGAAGGUGAACUGUGUGCAGUUCAAUGAAGAAGCCACAGUGAUUGUGUCUGGCUCCAUUGAUUCAAGUGUCCGGUGCUGGGACUGCCGCUCACGCCGCCCUGACCCAGUCCAGAUCCUAGAUGAAGCCAAGGAUGGUAUCUCCAGUGUCAAGCUCUCAGACCACGAGAUCCUAGCAGGUUCUGUGGAUGGACGCUCACGGCGCUAUGACCUUCGGAUGGGAGAGCUGUAUGCAGACUAUGUGGGAAGUCCCAUCACAUGUGUGUGCUUUAGCAAAGAUGGCCAGUGCACGCUCAUCUCCAGCCUGGACUCUUCCCUUCGGCUCCUGGACAAAGAUACAGGGGAGCUGCUUGGAGAGUACACAGGGCACAAAAAUCGAGAAUAUAAGCUGGACUGCUGCCUGAGUGAGCGAGAUACCCACGUGGUCAGUGCGUCAGAGGACGGACAUGUCUACUUCUGGGACCUGGUGGAGGGUACGCUGGCUUUGACCCUGCCUGUGAGUCAUGGUGUAGUGCAGUCCCUGGCCUUCCACCCUACGGAGCCCUGCCUGCUGACAGCAUCGGAAGGGAAUGUGCAGUGCUGGCGAGAAGAGUCAUUUGUAGCAGAGGAUGAGUUGCCGGCUUGAGGGGCAACAGAAACAUGCCUGGAUGGAAAUAUAUGGAGUUUAUUGGCCUUAGGGAUCUGUACCAUCUGCCACAUAAAGAAACCUUUAUCUAGCCCUAGGUAUUUGCUGGCCUUGGCCAGGACACCAUAAAAAUUGGGGAUGUCUGGGGAAUAACUGUGAAACAAUAAAUAGGAGGGGUCAGAAUCCAGAACCCCCAGAUUCCUUGUUGGAA